AUGAUCGUUUCAAUUCUAUUGCAUCUUGUUCUGACGGUUGGAGGUGUCGUUUCGAAUGGAGUGAAAAACAAAAAACGAGACGGAAAAUGCGGAAUUUGUUCAGGUUCAAUGUCCGAUGAUCUCGAGAACGCGCUACAAAGAAGUGCGGGACGUCGGGUACGAGACGUGCGGCGACGGACUGCGCAUGUGCUUCCACGCGAUUCGCCUCACCGAAAUCACCCGCAACGACCAGUACUCGUUCCUCUUCUCCGCCGGAUGCAUCAACGACGAAGUCAAGAAGAUGUUCGAAGUCGACGACGCCUUUUUCGUGGACUUGUGUAAGAGCGAAGGACUCUCCAGGUGCACUCACGGACAUGAGAAAGGCGUGUAUGCGGGAACACUGUGCUGUGCGCACAACGCAGUCGACAUGUACAGUUCGUGGCUCUGGGACGUCUUCUUCGGAAGCAGCGUCGAGUUGGAAUACGAACUCAGAAGCACGGAAAGUUUCAUGGAAAAAGCGAAGAAGGGAAUGCACGAGACUGUGGUAACUGUGGCUUCUUCCGCACAGAAACAAAUGGUCUAACUUCAGGAUCUGCCUCUCGGAGACGUGGUUUUCACCAUCAGUUUGCCCUUCUUCGCAAUCAUCCUCUUCACCUCUCUCGCACUUCUACAAUAUUAUCACAUUAAUGACGGAAUUGUCUCUUGA